UUCUGAUUGUGUAGACUGUAGAUUUGUUGUGUACAGUCAAUCUCCAAAACGUACACACGUACAUUAUACAGCCGACCAUUCUUAUUUCUUUGACGCCCGUAGUGCUUAUUUAUAGGAUACAGGAUAUAUAUUGGAAACAUGGCGACAGGUGUGUAUAGAAUAGCAAAUAUGUCAGUGAAACCUACAAAGAUGGUGCGUGCAACAUCGUGGAGUGACGAUGUAGAAGAAGCGUAUCGGUUCCAGUUGGCCGGAUACAGGGACGCACAGGAUUACGUAGUCUGCAAUAAAGCCGAGGCAGACAGAUGGCCACACAAUGGAUAUAUAAAGAAGCUGAUUCGUAAGGAUGGGUGCUGGUACUACUUCAACAAAAGCCGAGAGUGUUCCGACAAAGAUGUACCCAAGUGCAAACUAUAUUCCUAUUAAUUAUCUACUCCCUCUAGCUAGCUAAUUAACACUGAAUUAUAAAGACUGUGUCUGUAAAUAUUAUACAUGUAUAUGGGAAGUCUGCAUGUUAAAUAUCUGAAGUGUUACAAGCUUGAAAUUCUUUUUGUGUGUGUUUGUUUAAAGUCUUUUAUUUAUAUCUUGAUGUUUUGAAAAUUUUCACUGAAACUAUUUCCCAUGCAUGAAACAUUCAGCCUCAUGUCCAUUCAUAUCAUCACCAUGUUAUAACAUGCUUCAUUUUUAAUUUUUUUUAUUUAUUUUGCCCAAAAGUUGGCAUGUCGGAUAUGAUCGGUCACGGAUGUGGCCGACUGUGUGAAAUUUUAAUCACAUUCAAGUAGAUUAUUUAUACACUAGCGUACUGUGGCCAUGCUGUAAAUAACUAUUACAUGAAUUAUUGAUUUGCACUCAUGCAGAUUUUUCUUCAUAGGAUGAGAAGUACUCUAGGAGAUCAGUAUUAACUAGCAUUUUGUUGGAUGUGACCCGAGUUAUAAUGUGUCAGAGUGCUGGAUAUUUGAAGUACACAUUUUAAGAGUACUGAUUGAAUAUAAAAGGCAGUUGUUGAUCAAUAAAUUGACAAACAAGAAA